AUGAUCAUCCCUUCAUUCACCAACACACGCAUCACUAUUCUCCAAUACACUACCACGGAUGAUUUUGUAUCACGAUUCACCCUAUUAUCAAGUCCGGAUGAUAUGGCAGCCAUUGAUACGAUCAUCAACUUCCGCCAUGCAUGGUUCUUUGUCAACAUCACUUCCAAUAAGCGAAUGGAAAAGGAAGCGCAACAGCAGCAAUCUCAAAGCCCUUCAAUCAAUGGACUCGUGGACGGUGGACACGACACAGCCAUUGGACUUGUGGAUGGUGGAUGUGAUCAAGCUGGAUUGAUUAUUUUACCAUGCCGGUAUCGCAAAAGGAGGAUCAACGCAGUACUUAUUGGUAUCGACACCUUUUCGGGAUGGAUCGAAGUUAAAGCCAUGCCAAACAAGACAGCCGCUGGAACCACCUUAUUUAUAUUGUCGACGUGGUGUCCCUAA